UUUGAUAUUUGGGAAAAAUUAAAAUACUCUGCGAGUUGACUUGAAAACAAAAUCCUUUGAAAGCUGCCGCUACUAACGGAAGAUGCCUGGGUGUAAAUAAUCGCCUCCUUCCAAACUAGGCUGUUGUCUUUAAGUGAACAACAUCCGUCCGUUAGUGACCCUCCCUCUCUCUAACACACACACACACACUCACUCCUCGCUCUGUCAGCCCGAUACAUUCACUUCACUGAAGUUUCUGCCAGGCGGUUAGAAGCUUGCGAUCACCAUCGCCUACAAAGAAAGCACUUUCCAACCCGACACCUAAAGCUUCUCACGUUGCAGCUUCCUCUUUAUUUUCGUUAUGGUGCUCGAUGAGCCUCACUGACUGCUUAGUUUAUCAGAUUGAAAAAAUCCUCAUUGUCACGGAACCUACAAAUCUCCCCGAAUUUGAGGAUGGGUUGUUGUACCGGGCGCUGUGCUCUAAUCUUCCUGUGUAUCCUUCAGCUGCUUGCUGCUUUGGAGAGACAGAUCUUUGAUUUCCUGGGAUAUCAAUGGGCUCCGAUCCUAGCAAAUUUCUUGCACAUCAUUGUUGUUAUACUUGGCCUUUUUGGUACAAUUCAAUACAGACCUCGGUACAUUGUGGUGUAUGCUGUCUGGACAGCUCUAUGGGUCACAUGGAAUAUAUUCAUCAUCUGUUUCUACUUGGAAGUAGGUGGCUUAUCAAAGGAAAGUGACCUUCUGACAUUUAAUAUAUCUGUGCACCAUUCCUGGUGGAGUGAGCAUGGUCCUGGCUGUGUACGAAGAGAGAUGUCAACCAACUACGUGAAAAGUUUGGAUGGCCACUCCUACAUCUCAGUGAUGGGCUGCAUUAUUGAUUACCAAUAUAUUGAGGUUAUUCACAGCUCUUCACAAAUACUGCUGGCACUCGUUGGAUUUGUCUACGCCUGUUAUGUUAUCAGUGUUUUUACAGAGGAAGAAGAUAGCUUUGAUUUUAUAGGUGGAUUUGAUUCAUUCUCCGUCUACCAUGUGCCUCAGAAACCCUCUCAUGUACUAUUAAAGCCAAUUUAUCUGUCGACAUAAGUGAAAAGAUUUUUCCACUAUCAACUCUUCAGCUGACGAAGAUCACUGCAACAAGAACAUGUAAUAACAAAAACACCAGCUCACCUGGUUUCAGUCAUCACAUUUCAAAACAAUUAACUUUUUCAAUAUUGCCUCAAUUUGCAGUCAUUUCUAAUAUAAACAUCUUUUCAUUUAAAUUGCCAUAAUUCCCCUUGUCUAGAUUGAUGAAAAUUUGCUCAUCUGAGAGAAGAGAAAAUGGGAAUUCAAGCAGUGAGUCUACAGUAGCACUCUGGGGAAUUAUUUUACAGAGUUAUUGAAGCACAUUAAGGAAAGAAACCCAGUUUAGUCAUUUUAUAUUUCCCAUACUCUGAAAAUAAAGACAGUCAACUCUGGAUGCUAAAAAUAGAUGGCCAAUUUUCUCUUCAAUUUGCUAAAUGGCUGUUCAUUAGAAGAACUAUUAAUUUCCUUGGGAUAGAGAAAUAACAUUCUAUUCUGCCAGACAAUUAUUGUCUCUGUUUUACCAGAACGUUUGUUCAAAUUUGUUUAAACAAAUCUUCAAAUCUCAUUCAACUUUUCUUGCAUUAGAGUUUUUCACUCAUUUUUACUGUGAAUUAUUUUUUGAUUUGUGGUAUGUCAAAGACCUUUUUGAUGUUACCUGUGCUGGCUUUCAAGUCUUGUUUCAUAAAUACAAAAUUGCCCCCAUGUUAGGUGAUUUUUUAAAAAAAUUUGAUUGAAUCCUUUUCAAUUCUAAUAAUCAUUCUACACUAAAGAAUAGAUGGCUGACUAAGUUCAGAUGUAAUGUAUGUUUAACCACACUACUUGUUCUGAAUUUCAAAAAUGGAGAGUUAUUUGUUUGUAUAGUAUUGUUCACAGUAUCAGGAUGUUCACUGCUUGAGGUGUAGUCACUGCUGUAAUGUGAAAAAAAUGUGGCAGCAAUUUUGUUCACAAGAAGCUACACAACUGCAGUCGUGAUAUUGGUCAGAUAAUCAGUUAUACUGUUGGUGGUUUGAUGGAGAAAUGCUUUAAUAUCGUACAUGGAACAUAAUGACUUGGCAUCUAAGCCAGAGAGCAAAAGGAAUCUUAGUUUCACCUCACAUCUGAAGACAACACUUCAAGCAAUGUUAUGGUCCCUUGGUAUAGGACUGGAACGCCAGCUUAUAUUUUCAUCCACAAAUCUCGAGUGGAGUUUGAACCCCGAAUCUUCCAGCUAAGAGGCACAUGCAGAUUUGACACCAUAAGAAAUUUCAUUAUUUAUUAGACUGUAAAACCAGGUCUUGAAUAAAUGUCUAAGAAGUGUUAAUAUUUUUGAGGAUUUUAAAAAUUGUAAAGCAUUAAGAUAACAGCUGAUGUUUACAUGAAAUUAAUAUUAGCACUUUUCCCUUUCCAUGGAAACUGCAUAACUUUGCAAAUUAAUUUGAAGGGAAACAUACUGGCUUGUGUUUAAUGUACAUCAUUUAAUUCUGCCAUCUCAUCCUGGAAGAGAUGGUAUACAAUCCCACAGUACAGCUGGCAAGAAAUAUAUUAUAUGUUUAAGUAUUUAUUAGAGCACUGAGAGAGGUGGUGUUUUGUAAGAAACGAUGAAAGAGGCACCAGUUUUUAAAAAUGCUAUCUGUUGGAGGAGCAUAGUAGUGAAGUGGUUAGCAUAACACUCCUACAGCACCAGCGACCCAAGUUCAUUUCCUCUGCUGAUUGCAAGGAAUGUGUACGUUUUCUCUGAGGCCGCAUGGGGUUUUCUUCAGAUGCUCCUUUCUUCCCACAUUGCAAAGAUGUAUGGGUGAGUAGCUUAACUGGUCACAUGGGUGUAAUUAGGUGGCAUAGGUGUGGUGAACUAUGUGCUUGUCUGGACACGCCCCCUGCUGACUGCUCCUGUGGCUCCUCCCACAGGCCCCUGUAUAAAGGCGAUCUGAGGCCUGACGCUCGGCCUCAGUCUCCAGGUCAUAGUAUGAUGGACACUCACUCCUGGUUCCUUCUUCCAGUCAAUAAAAGCCGAUAUCUCGCCUUACGUCUCAGUGUGAGUUAUUGAUGGUGCAUCAAUAGGCUCAUUGGGCCAGAAGGGCCUCUUACUGAGCUGUAUCUCUAAAUAAAAAUAAAAUAAAGAAUUUCACACCACUGCAAUACUUCAAAAGUUUUAAUUUACUACCUUACAGUGGAAACUCCAUUCAUCUUAUCAAAGUCCUUCACACCUAGUCUUGUGAUCUACACCUAUAUAUACACACACACACUUUUCAAGAAAUAUGUACCAUUUUGUUUAAAGAUUAAUACUCUGCUUUGAGGAUAUGUCAAAUUUUGAUUGCCCUUCAUGAUCAUAGGGAGGCCAUGGAGACGUACUGGACAGUACUGAUCUAUUACUUCUUUCUUAGGCUUCAGAUUACAUAUUUUAAUGUUUCUAGGUCACCUUUCUGAUUUGGACAGGCUAGUUCUCCAACACUGUGCAUCAGUUUCCAGCAUCAUGUUUAGUAGUGCUGCAGUGAAGGGUGGCUAGCUAUCCUCGGCCUUUUGUUUUUAUUGAGGUCAAUGCCAUUUUAUGUCCAGUGAGGUAUGAUGUGCCACCCAGGGCAAUUUUGUAACUGCUUACUUUAGAGAAAACUUUGGUGAGAAGGAUGAUAAAGAAGCCAAUCAGAUUACAGACCAACUCCGCCAAGUUUGUAUUUAAGCUUCCUUUGGAGAACACUGCCCUCAUCUGUUUAAAAAUAUAUUCACUCGGGGGGCCUCAGAAACCUGUCUUUUCAACUUCUAAUAGUCUUUGAGUGCCUGCUCCUGACCUAACUGUCUGUGCUUAUCAGUUAUAGCAUCAAUGGAUGCCUGUCUGACAGUAAAUCUUUGCUGCUAGAGUUAUUAAAAGGGGCAGGUCAAUAAUUGUGCCAUCAACUAUAUAUCUGUAAAAUAUGCCAUCAAGGACAAAUCAAAGAGAAUGUGAAGCAAAAAUAUCACAAUGCUAAACAUAAGAUUGUAGUAAUAUUUAUUUGUUUUACAGGUCUUCAGUAAGAAACAAAAAAAAAAUUGAGCAUUUUAAUCUGAAAGUAAGGAAUGAUGUAAGUUUUAAUGCAGCAUAUUUGAUGAACUUGUGACAUCUUAACUUGGUGAUAACUUUACUAGUGACUAUAGUCUAAUGGUUGCAUUAAUCUAGCAUUUUCCUAAUCCAGCUACCAAGGAAAUUGAGAAUUAUUUAUCACAAUAGUUAGACCUUCCCCAGUACAAAAGGAAUGGAAAACAACAUAGAUAAGACAAAUUUGACCGUUGUAUUGCAAAAAGAGGAAAAGCAUCCAGUGGACAGUAGGUCAGCAUUUUCCAUUCAGUUUAGUGAUUCAUUUUAACUACAAAAAAUAGAGAAAUUAACUGUUGAAUUAGGACACAAACUGUUGAAGAGGGAAUUCCAUAGAUCUAAAUAGGAAAUAGCUUUGUCUUUACCGGGGUGUAGUCAAAUGUGCAACACAGUAUAUUAGAAAGCAAGUUGCUUUCUAUCCACAAACACCAUGUUUCUUUAUAACUCAGGAAUAUUUCCAAUCAACAUGAUGAAAAAAGGAAACAAAUAUUCAGCUUUAAUGAUUCUUUCAGUCAGCCAAUAGAAAAUAUUAUUUGAACAAGGUAAACAUUUACUAAUAUUAGCAGUAAUUUAUAAAGUUCUGAAGGCCAAAUCAAUAAAAAAGAUCCAAACUAGUUAAAGGGUUCAAUAAUCUUUUUGAACAUUUUUGUCCUUGAUGCAGUCUUUUAUUUCACUCUUGAAAUGAAAGGAAAGAUGUUUAUGUAUUCAUUUCACUUGCCUCUGCUCUAUACCUUGAAUACUAGCACUAUGAGUGGCAGGUUCAAAAACAGUUGUAUGGGCAUAUACAUUAAGACCAUAAUUAAUAUUGAUUGCAAAAAUAUAGCAGUUUUAAAACAGGUGGCAGUGGUGACACUGCAGUGGCAGCAAGGUUAACUUGAUACAGUAUAAGUGCACCACACUGCAAGUGUAUUUAAAAACACACUAAAUUUCUUUUAUGGGUCAUUAUAUUCUAAAAUGUUAGAAAGAUCCAUAUUUCAAUUUGUAAAACAUAUGCCUCAUAAUGAUAUGGGUGCUAUUAUAAUACACUCUCAUGUUAUAAUAGUUUGGUAUCAUAACUGGGAAUAUGCUUACUUGGAUAUUGUAAUAAUUCUGAUACAGAAUUGUGGGUAUACAUCAGAAAAUAUCCAAUCAUACUAUGUCAUUAUUUUAUUGCUGUUGAUUCAUGAUCACAUCGUGUAAUAUAAUGUAUAGUUACACAUUAAUGAAGGUGUUUGAGAAGUGCAUUGUGACAUCGUAGAUCACAACUUUCAGUUUAUUAGUAUGUGCUUCUGUCAAUUGGAAGUCUUCCACUGUUGUUUUUCUUUCAUUUUAAUGUGCUGAGUAAUAAAUAAAAAGAUUUCUGCAGAAACAAAACUUUCAAUGAAACUGUAGAAUGUUAAUAAAUAUACUAAGUGGGAAUAUGUAGGAUGAAGGAAAUAGUUUCCCUGAAAUGUUACAAUUCCUCUUCAAUGCCUCCUAUAUAAAAUUUGAUGAACAAUGUAUUAUUUCUGUUAUGUGAAUAUUCACAACUUUUUAAUGUGUACUUGCCAUUGUACAGGGUUUGUAAUUUUCUUCAUACAUAUUAAACUUUGAAGUUGUUUUAUA